AUCUCUUCCAUCGCACCUAAAUAUAACAGAAGCAAACCCCCAACCGGGUCUGCAGACUCCUUACAGCAACACUACUACUACUACAUAUCCAUUCCUCAAUACUACCUACCUUCCCAAAACAAAGACACCAUGCUGUGGACCCAUCAUCUCCCGACCCUCUGGGCGCUAACCCUCACCCUACUCACAUGCGUACUAUCCUCCCCCAUCGACAUCCGAGCCACAGCCGGACCCUGGCUAGCCCUAGACACGGACUUCCCAGACCCGGGCUUCGUCCAAGCCGACGACGACACCUGGUACGCCUUCGGCACGAACGGCAACAACCGCACGGUACAAGUAGCCAAAUCCACCGAUUUCAAAACAUGGACCCUCCUAGAUAAAGAAGCCCUUCCCACACUAGCAGGCUGGGAGACGCAAAUCGACCACUGGGCUCCAGACGUAGUCCGCCGCAACGACGGCAAAUACAUCCUCUACUACAGCGGCGAAGCCCAAUCCGAUCUCCGCCACCACUGCAUCGGCACCGCCAUCUCCACCACCACGGACCCCAGCGGUCCCUACAUCCCCAACCCCACGCCUCUCUCCUGCCGCCUAGACCAAGGCGGAAGCAUCGACGCGUCCGGCUUCCUAGACAAAGACGGCACGCGAUACGUGGUAUUCAAAGUUGACGGCAACAGCAUCGGCAACGGCGGGGACUGCAACAACGGGAUUGCUCCACUGAAGCCCACGCCCAUCCUACUCCAAAAAGUUGACACGGAUGGGUUCACGCCCGUCGGCGACGCAGUGCAGAUCCUAGACCGCGAUGAUAGCGAUGGGCCGUUAGUCGAAGCGCCGAAUCUGAUUCUCCAUGGGGAUAUGUACUUCUUGUUCUACUCGACGCAUUGCUAUACGGAUGAGAAGUAUGAUGUGCGAUGGGCGACGGCGGCGGAGAUUACGGGCCCGUAUACGAAGACGGGUAAGCAGUUGGUUAAGUCGGGGGAUUAUGGGUUGGUUUCGCCCGGAGGUGGCACGGUUUGUGGCUGUGGGGAUCGCAUGCUGUUUCAUGGGUUUUGUGCGGAGGGGGAUAGUAGGAGGUGUAUGUAUGCGGCGGAGGUGAGGAUUCAGGGGGUGGAGGUUGAGUUUGUUUAGUAGUUUUAUAUUAGUAGUAUUAUAUAGUAGUGUAGCUGGUUUGAUGGUUGGGGGGGUGGAUGGUGUUUGGAGUUUUAGGUUUGGAUUGGUUUGAUUUUGUGUUUUGGUGGUGUUUUGGGACUUGGGUUUUGUGCUAUAUACCAAUCACGUUCGUUUUGGAGAUGUCAAUUCUAUUGUCAAGUGCGAAACCUGGAAGAGUAGAGAGAGUCAUUUCAGC